CGCCCCCGGCCGACGUGGUGCGAGCGGCGCCGGCUUCCAGCUCCGAGGGCGGCCGAGCGAUGAGCGAGCCGCCGACUGAAGUGCUCGCCUUCCUCCGCGAACACCCGAGUCUGCGGCUGGAGCCCGGCGCCGCUAAGGUGAAAUGCGCUCUCACCGGCCACGAGUUGCCCUGCCGUCUGCCCGAGCUCCAGGUCUACACCCGCGGCAAGAAGUACCGGCGGCUGGUCAGCGCCUCUCCGGCCUUCGAUUACGCGGAGUUCGAGCCGCACAUCGUGCCCAGCACCAAGAACCCGCACCAGCUGUUCUGCAGACUCACCCUGCGGCACAUCAACAAGGUCCCCGAGCAUGUGCUGAGGCACACCCAGGGCCAGCGGUACCAGAGAGCUCUGCGUGAAUAUGAAAGGUGUCAGAAGCAGGGUGCGGAGUACGUGGCCGCCUGCCUCCUGCACAGGAGGAGGAGGAGGGAGGACCAGGUGGACGGCGCCGGGCCGCCUCGCCGGGGAGAAGCCUUCUGGGAACCUUCGUCCGGUGAGGACGGCGCAGCUGCAAGUGACAGUGAUGACAGCAUGACAGACCUGUACCCGCCCGAGGUGUUCACCAGAAAGGAUCCGGGAGGGACUGAACACGGGGACGGCACUGAGGACUUUCUGACCGAGGGGGAGGACGAGAGGCCAAGGGGCCUGACAGAGACGGGCCCUGGGGGCGGAGAAGAGACGCGAGGGGACCAGGAGCCGGUCCUCAAGCGCCGGAAGAGGCAGUUGGGCUCAGCGAAGAAGUUCAGACGUCACCACCGUAAACCCAAGAGCUUCAGCAAUUUUAAACAGUCAGGUUAAUAAACGGCUGCCGGAGAAAAGCACAUGUGGAAAGCUUUUCCGGAGUCCUUCAGGUCCUCGAGCCCGGGUCCUCUUCAAGCCGCCUGCUGUGCACCCUCUCAGCCGAUGGGGUGGGUGUCUCAGGGUCCUCUCCAUCCGCUCAUGUAUGCUGUCCCCGGGGCUGGGAGUCUGUGCCACUGGCAUCAGGGCCACCUUACCCAUCCCCAGGAAGCAGCCCCCAGGGACCCCAAGGGAAGCAUUCUCUCUGGACGUGGCUUCUCAGCGGGCCUCGGCGAAGCCUAGAGGGUUUGGCUGGCUCGCUGGGCAUCCGAGGAGAGGCCUGGUCAGGCCCCACCCCAGCUGGACAACACCAGAGGAUCACGCCGCAUACAACAAAUGCCGUUAUUUAUUUUGAUGUUUCCAAAAAUCAAAACGUUUCCAAACACAACUAAGAUAUAAAAUACAGCAUAAAAUGAGAUUUAUACCUAUUUCCCACAUAAAGCCAAAAAAUUCUCAGAAAUGGUUUUGCCGAA